AUGCUCGGUCUCAAGGCGACGAUGGCCAUUAUUGACAACUCGGGCGCGCUCGUCGCCGAGUGCGUGAACGUGCUCAAGGUCAAGACGGGUCACGGCAUGGCACGGAUCGGCGACGAGAUUGUCGUGGUCGUCAAGAAGGCGCGAGGAGUGGGUCUGCAAACGGGCCAGUCGGCAGCGAACAAGGUCCGCAAGGGAGACGUCCGACGAGCAGUGGUCGUACGAACAAAGUACCCGACCCGCCGACCAGAUGGCCGAUACAUCCGCUUCGACGACAACGCUGCCGUCCUCAUCAACCACAAGAAGGAGAUGAUUGGGAACCGGAUUGGCAGUGUCGUUGCGGCAGAAUUGAGGGCGAAGGGAUGGGGGAAGAUCGUGUCGCUGGCUCCCAAGGUUGUCUAG